AUGGCAUUGGCUAUUGACUGGCUCCUUUUCACAACUCCCCAACCGACAGCCAAACGAUUAAAACUCGGAACGGAAACCAUGCUUCUAAAAGACGACGAGGAAGCUCAGAGUAAAGAGAUUAGCCCCCCAUCACCGCCCCCCGAUCAUAACUGGGACAGGAGAUUCGACGUUGAGCGGUUGGACUCAGGCAAAGGCGCGACACCCGAGGGUCCUAACAAGCCCAGUGCGAUCUGUCAACGAUGUGUGUGGAUGAAAGCACAGGGUGUUUGGGAAAAGGCGGAAGAGGAUAAACUACAAAAAAUGAUCAACAAUUUUCUCGCCGAGAGCAACAAACGUUACACUUGCCCAUGCCCUGGCUGUAGCAAGUACAAGCAACACGAACGCGUUAAUGAGAGGGCGAAAGCAGAUGCUAAAAGGCAAUGGACAACCAUCCCUUCUGUCUAUGUGUCAGAAGACCUCGUCAGGCGAUAUGGAUGCAGAGAUUGCAGCCUCAACGAAAUCCUUCUGAAUAACCGCAGGAGGGACAGGCUGAUGGCUGACGCGCAACUGAGCUACCUCAAGAGGCCGAGUACGAUAGUUACGGAUUGCAACACCAGGCCUGUCGAUGCUCAUGCUCCAGCCCAGCACCCUGACCCUCCUGUUCCAGCAACCUCAAAGCCCUUUAUCGACGGAUUUCUUGAUGAUCUCAUUGCGGAGGUCAUAGGAAGAAAUGGUGAAAAGAAAGUCUAUUCUAUUCUGGUCGGGGGUCGUGGCGAGCGACGCCCACGGAAUGGGGUUCCAGUUUCCAGCGAAGUGUGCGCCAGAAACCAGGAGCAUAUCCUCGAGUUCAUAAGCCAAUUCCCGGGGGUCCAUAAGGCUAUCAAAGCCAGGCCUGUCGUGUUUCGACCAGUUCUCAAGAGCUGGCUCCUCUAUAAGCUGUGCCCUGACCAACCGCUAUAUGCUUUUCAAGAUUGGGAAGAAACGAAUCGGGAGGCACUGGAGGGGGAAAAGGCACGAGUAAAUGUAGAAUCGGGAUACUCUGCUGGUCCUGAGGUUCUAGCGCCGACAUCUGAUGAAGUCUCAAAGCCUGCCAUAACCUCGAAACCCGUCAAAGCUACCACCCUCGUCGAGUCCUUGAAAAGCCUUUUGAUGCCACGGAUCGUACCACCACCUUGCAGAACACUAACAUCCGUCAGACCCCCAUCACCUGUAUUAUCCCCUGAACCCGUCGCAUCCUUGAAAAGCAUCAUACCCGGGCCCGUCGUAACCGUGACACCCAUCAUAGCAUCUACACCGGUGAUUGCUCUUGAAACCGUCACCUCCGCGCCGGAUAAUAUACCGCUAACCGUUACAACCUCAUCGUCUUCCGUAACCGCAACACCCGUCAUGAACUUUACAACAGUAGUAACCUCUACAGCCGUAAUAGCUCCUGAGCCCGCCGUAACUGCGACAUCCGUCACCACCCCCAUACCUGUAACAACUCCCCAACCAGUCACGCCCUUGGCAGACAUCAUACCGCCACCCGCCACAAACCCAUCACCCUUUGUAAUCGCGACCCCGAUAGCACCCCCAAACCCUUUCCCACCCACUGCACCCGAGUCUCGCUCACCCUUGGGUGCCUUCCCAACCCGAAGACCAGACCCCUUCAUCCCAAGCCGCUUCAAACCAGCUCCUCCCCCCGUCGCCGAACACACCUUCACUGCCCCCCCCCCACCCCCCCCCCCCUUCACCUCCCUCCAACGCCUCACCCUCCUCGAUUACCUCACCUACCAAGCCCAAUCCAACUUUUCCCUCUCCUCCGCCCUCCACACCUCCCUCACCAACCCGGACGUGAUGCCCCCCUCCCAACACAUAGUCUUCAUCUACUACACACUCCACUACCUCUCCUACUCCCUCAACCAAGUCCGGCAAACCACCUCCAUCGCCGAGUCCACCCUCGCCCCCUUCGAAAACCGCCGUUACGCCAGUGGAGAAGUCCACAUCCUGUUUAACCGGUUAGAGGCGCUCAUCAGGCCGUAUGCGCAGUGGGCUGUGCUGACUAUUGUUAAGGCUGCCGCGAUGGGGAGCAAGUUUGUUUACAGCAGCGAAGAUGAAGCUAGGGCGAGGGAAGCGUGGGGGAUAUACCAGGUUUGGAUUUGUGGGGUGGGGGAGGCGGAGCGGGAGUUGAGGGAGGUGUUUUUUGAGAGGGGGGAAAAACCGGAGACGGCUAUUCCGAAUGAGUGGGUGAGGUUUCAGGGGGAGCUUUGGAGGUUUGGGGUUUGGUUGGAGGAGGGGGUGGGGGGCCGGUUGUUGGUGCCUUUUCCUUGGUGA